UACAACACUGGGGUACUCCGCUUACAAAAACGUGCUGGGAGUGAUAAAUCUGCAAUAAAUCAGCAUCACCACCUCAUCUGCAGUCCCAAAGGUUCUAUUUCGGACACAUACGUCUACUCAUCUCACUCUCUCCCUCCCUCUUUUGCAAUCACACUCACCUGUGCAAUGUCAUCUAGCCCACCAUCAAGAAAACGAAUUGUUUUCACGGGCGGCUCUGGGGUAGCAGGCCGCCAUGUCAUAUCUGGGCUUUUGUCUCACGGCCAUGAGAUUCUCAAUGUCGAUGUGACGCCAUUGAACAAUCCAGAUGUGUACACAUUGAAGGCGGACUUGACAGACGGCGCACAGGCAUUCAAUAGUCUGUCUUGUCAUUUCCGCGUCAGCGAACCAUUUAUGGAACCAGUCAAGACACCAGAUGCAGUUGUGCAUUUUGCUGGCAUACCACAGCCGAUGAGGAUUCCAGACAACGAGACGUUUCGAAUUAACACAAUGGGCUCAUACAAUGUUAUCGAAGCAGCAUGCAAGCUUGGAAUCAAGAAGAUCAUCCUGGCUUCGAGCAUCACUGCUUAUGGCGUUACCUACGCAGAAGGUAACGUCGAUUAUGCACAUUUCCCCAUAACCGAGGACACGCCUACACAGCCCAUGGAUGUUUAUGCCACGUCAAAGCUCUGUAUGGAGCAAACUGCAGCGUCAUUCGCUCGGCGCUUUCCAAGUGUGGAUAUCUAUUGCCUGCGCAUCUCGGCCGUCAUUGAGCCCGAGAAUCACGCUAAAAAGUUCGAAGCAUAUCUGACAAGGCCACAGGACUUCAAAGUCCAUGCGUGGAGCUACACAGAUGCGAGAGACUUGGCAGGGAUUGUCCACGCUUGCUUGCAGACGAAUGGACUAGGGUUUCAAGUCUUCAACGCAGUGAAUGAUGAGACUACGAUACCAGAGUCGGAGGGAAGCAUUGAAGAGUGGUUGAGAAAGACAUGUCCCGGAGUGCAGAUGAUCCGAAAGAUGGGAGAUCGGGAUUCACCUAUUUGCAAUAAGAAGAUGAAAGAUAUGCUGGGAUGGAAGGAGGAGUUUGGCUGGCGGAAAGUCAUGAAUAAGGGAUAGAGGUAGUGUAUCUCAAGGUCAGUUGUUGAGGUCGGACCCCGGUGGUAGUGGCAUGCCGCAAAAUACGCAAUAUGCUUUCCUUUACGCUCGCUUCGGAUUUCGGUCUGGUUUUGACACGGAUGUUCCUCUUUUAUUCCAUGGGUCUUCUGCUAUGUAAGACAAGAUGUCAGCAUUUUGUACCGAGCUUAGGACUAACUAUCAGUUAACGUAAUUUCCACCACAAGCAUUGGUCUGCA